AUGGAAGAACUAGAUCUGAAGGGAUAUAAAGAAAGAAACAAAAAGGGGAAGGCCACAGGAAGAAAGGAAGGGGAAAAAGAGGGAGGCGGCGCGGUGGGUGUCACUGCCGCCGCUGUCGACAAAAGAGAGGGAGAUCGGACAGAGAGAGACACGAAGAGGGAGGACUCGCGCUGUUGCUUCUGUUCAUGCCGUCGUGGAGGAGCGUCCCUGUCAUCGCGAGCUGUCGCCAUCGCCGACCAGGACCCAUCGUCGUCGCUGUUCCCUGCGCCGCCAUCGCGCCCAGCCUUGCCGCCAAGUCACCGCGCUGUCACACCAAGGGAGAACGCUCGCGGGAAGAGAGAGAAGAUGCCGCCGAGGAUCCUGUCGCCGCCGUCCAUGGAUGAAGCAGAGGAGAGAGAUCCGCGAGGAAGGGAGGACUGCGACCUGUUCAGCCGCCGUGCUCAGCCGCCGCUCGUGACGCUGACGCCGUCCUCGUCCAAACUGUCACCAGAUCCGCCACUGCUGAAGCUUCUGGCCGCACCUCUGCAUCGUUGGAGCUCCUCGCCGCUGCCACUGCCACCAAAAACCACCACUGAAGUCUAA